AUGAGGUUUCUCUCUGUGCCAGUGACAAGAAAUACUGGCCAGAGAUUAUGGAAGAACAAUGUUUGUUCCAUAUGUAAGAGAUAUGCCUCCACCCAAACAAAUCAGUUUCCUCUGUCGGUAGCCUCGACCAAACUUCGUGCUGGCGGCCCUGUCAGAACUCGGUUUGCCCCAUCCCCUACUGGGAAUCUGCAUUUGGGUUCUAUGAGAACAGCACUCUUUAAUUUUCUGCUUGCAAAGGCUACUGGUGGCCAAUUUCUUUUGCGGAUUGAAGACACGGAUACGGAUAGAACCGUCCCUGGAGCCGAAGAGCGUCUAUACAGAGAUCUAGAAUGGGCUGGUAUCCAAUGGGAUGAAGUUGGUGGACCAUUUGCCCCAUACAGGCAGUCAGAACGAAAAGCAAUGUAUUGGGAACACGCUCAAACACUGGUCGAGGCAGACUUAGGCUACAGAUGUUUCUGCUCAUCCAAAAGACUACACGAAUUACGGGUUUAUCAGAGUAGCAAGGGCCUCCCACAGGCUUAUGAUGGAACUUGCAGACACAUUCCAAAGGAUCAAUCUGAUGAGAAGGCAUCGAGGGGAGAGUCUCACGUGAUUAGAAUGAAAGUUCCAGAACAAUGGCCAGGCUUCCAGGAUGAAGUUUAUGGUAAAAUCAGACCAACGUUGACUCGUAGUCCCCAAUCGGAAUUUAAGGAAUUCCAAGAUCCAAUUAUGGUAAAAUCAGAUGGAUUUCCAACCUAUCAUUUGGCAAACGUUGUGGACGAUCAUUUCAUGAAGAUCACACAUGUUGUUCGAGGAUCGGAAUGGAUUCCAUCAACCCAUAUGCAUGUUGCUAUGUAUAAGGCGUUUGGGUGGGAGCCACCCACCUUUGCACAUGUUGGCCUCCUUUUGAAUAAAGAGCGAAAGAAGCUUAGCAAACGAGAUGGUGCUAUUGAUAUUAAAACCUAUCGAGAUGCAGGGUAUUUUCCAGAAACUAUAACUAACUUUGUCGCUCUUCUUGGGUGGUCACACGAUCGAUCCUACGAUGUAAUGGGUAUGCAAGAACUUAUAGACAAUGCAAGCAUGAAAUAUACCAGAGGUGACUCUGUGGUAACAUUUGAAAAGCUUAAUUUCAUACAAAGAAAACACGCCGCAAGAUAUAAGGAAUUACGACGUUCAGAUGAACCUAUCUUGCCUUCUCAAGAUCUCCUAGAAUUAGCUGCAAAGCCAAUCCUCAAUCGUAUGAAAACUCUUCCAGAAUUUGAAGACUUGAUCUUCUACAACUGUGAGAACAACGAUGCCGCAAAGGAAAACUACAUCCUCUCUAUAAUUAGCGCUGGAAUCCAAAACUACACACUCCCCGAGACCUUUUACUCCAACCAUAAAUACUUUUUCGCAGCCCCCACAACUCUCGAACUUGAAUCUAGAACCCCGCCCCACAAGCUCCACUCCGCUCCCGAGGGGGUAAUUUACUCUGUCCCCUCCGACUUCACCAAUUCCUUCGACGCUUUAUCUUCCAUUUCCCUUGAAAAUUGGAACGCCCCUGAAUUAAAAGGUUUUACAAACCUUGUCGUCGACCAAGGAGCCAUGAUGAGCACUGCUGAAUUUACUGCUAGCGGAAAACCAUACACCGAAGAUGCACAAAAAGUUAUCAAGAAGAGUUGGAUGAAACUCGUGCAUGCGUAUCUCAGGUGGGCAAUUGCAGGAGGUCAGAGUGGACCGGAUACGGCGGAUAUUAUGGCGAUCUUGGGGAGGGAGGAGUCCCUUAGACGGUUGGGGGUUGCGAAGGAGAUUAUGGAGGAUCGGCUGAAGACACUUGAGAAAGCUGAAAGGGGCUCCGUUGCAGAAAAUUAA